AUGGCCGCGUACUGGAUGGCCCGUUGUGGAAUCAAUGCACGUAUCAUUGACAAACGCGAAACCAAGAUCUUUGUUGGGCAUGCCGAUGGCCUUCGCCCACGCACUCUGGAGCUCUUCGAUAGCAUGGGGUUCCAGCACCGCGUUCUUCAUGAAGCCUCCGAAUCCACGGAGGUGAACCUAUGGGUUGACCAGGGAAAGCUUGUGCGACAGGCUCUUUUGGAUAUGACCCAGGCGGAUCAUUCGCCCUAUCAUAAUACUCGACUCAGCCAGGGUCGCAUCGAGCGAUUCAUCCUUGACAGUAUCCAUGAGAACUCUAAUCUGAGAGUUGAGCGAAGUGUUAUUACUGAGUCUCUGGAGUAUGACGAGAAACUAGGGGGGGAACCCGAAGCAUAUCCCAUUACCGUUAACCUCCGCACUCUGGGUUCCGAAGAGCUCAACACACCAAAUUCCGACAAACAAAGCUUUGAAAACGAAAUUACACACGAGGACCUACUUCCCGAUGACUGGGAGGAUCUAACGCAACGAGGAACUCAGAAGGAAAAAGCCGAGAUAGUCAAAGCCAAGUACGUGAUUGGGUGUGAUGGUGCUCACAGCUGGACCAGAAAACAACUUGAUAUUGCCACCGAGGGAUCCAACACAGACCACAUCUGGGGGGUGAUCGACGUGGUAGCAAUCAGCAAUUUUCCGGAUAUCAGACGUGUCAGCGUAGUUACAGGGGCUACGGGAACAAUCCUCGUGAUCCCCCGCGAGCGUGGGAUAACCCGCUUCUAUGUCCCCGUGCAAAUCUGCGAAGCAGGAGCAAGCGAUCGGUUCGAUAGAUCGAUCAUCACACCAAAGCUGAUCAAAUCUCGAGUCCAGGAGAUCAUUGCUCCAUACACUUUCGAUUUCGAAAUAUGUGACUGGUGGACAGUAUAUCAAAUCGGACAAAGGAUUGCAACACAAAUCACCAGAGGUGACAGGAUCUUCCUUGCAGGCGAUGCAGUGCACACACACUCACCAAAGAUGGGAUUGGGUAUGAAUAUGAGCCUGCAGGACGGUUUCAAUCUAGGCUGGAAGGUUGCACUGGCAGCCGCAGGAACUAUCAAGCCUGAGACCCUGGAGACUUACGAGUUAGAGAGACACCCGCUUGCGAAAAUGUUGCUGGAUUUCGAUCGUCUGUGGGUAAAUUUGUUCCUGGACAUCAAGCCUGGGGAAAAGGACACAAAGGCCGAGUCUAUGGCUGAUAUGUCGGCCAAAUUCGAAAACUUUGCCCAUGGAUGGAACGUUUACUAUCCUGCCAGCAACAUUGUUUCGAAGUCAGCUGAUGGUGGUGACGCUGGGAUUCCUCAGAAUCUGGCCCCCGGGGAGAGAAUUUUCCCUUUCAAGCUCCGCAACCAAGCUGACGGGUGUCCGCAGUGGACGACAAGACUAUUGAAAAGCGAUGGCCGCUUCCGAAUCCUUGUGAUGGCCGGGGAUGUGCGGGAUCCAGUGCAGAAACAACGCAUCGAGAAAUUGAGCCAAGCCUUGGAUACGCAGUCUGCAUCAGGCAGCCCCAUUCUAGACCGAUAUGCUGGGAUCCCCGGGCGAUUUGAGAGUCCCAUUGACAUAUUCACGAUUCACUGUGCCCCUUGGAGAGAGGUUGAGUUCUUCGACUUCCCAGAGGUGUUGCGUCCGUUGAGCAUGGUAACUGGAUAUGCCUACGAAAAGAUAUGGUGUGAUGAUGCGUGUAUAUUUGAUAGAUAUUGUGAUGGGAGAGCCUACGAGAAGUGGGGAGUUGACCGAGCACUCGGAAAGCUGGUGGUUAUUCGACCUGAUCAGUAUAUUGGAUGGACGGGCGAUCUCGAAGAUUUGCAGGGGAUGACACAGUAUUUUGAUGGAGUUCUUGUGAAGAAGUCUCAUGUGGACGGAGCAUCGAUGCUCAUUUGA